ACUUUUUUUUCCUGAGCCUUUGCUAAGCGCGUGAUGCACUCUGUCCCUGGAUUUCUGCUCCCUUUUGGGACGGCUUGUACAGGUCUGUGUUUCAACGAAGCCCUGAAAGAAUCCUGUGCCGUGUAUCUUAACAGACGGCGGUGCGAACGGGCACUUCUGGUCUCAGCAGCUGUCACACCUGUAGGCUCCGUGGAAUGCCUCUUUUCUUUCAGCUUCUGGUGCAUAAAAUCUUAGAGGAGUGGUGAUGCUCUGAGUUACAUUUUCCUGUCCUUCAUUUUCCACUCAGAGCAGGUAGAUUUAGAUGGCAGCUUUUUCCUCAUGACAUGUUGAGGUUUAGCUGAAGAACUUUGUCUUCUAAACUAGUCUGAAAUGGUGACGGUUUCUACCGAUGAAGGCAGAUUUUCGGUGUGUAGGACGAGAUGCUCGAAGUUUCAGAUUCUUGUUUCCUGACUUCACUUUCUCGAUUCGCGCCUGGGUAACAGCUCUAGAAAAAACCGGGUUUAUUUACUGCUCUUUUGGUGUUGCAGUGCAAAAUGAAACAUACAUGUGGGUCACUGAAUAAAGAAGUGACAGAUAAUUCCUUCAUAAUGAAUUCUUCUCCCCUUUCCCGUGUGCCCCUUUUCUUUUGAGGGAAGUAGCUGUGUAAAUUGCAGGUUUCAGUGAACAAAUUAAAUAAGCCUGGAAUAAGUCCGUGUCACUGCCUGCCUCAUUAUUUGUCAGACGUGUAGGGGAGGGUUUUCCCUUCAGUUGUGCUGUCCAAAAUUAUUCACGUGUUUUUAGGUCUUUUUUUGGGGGCAUAACGUACGUUCAGGUUCAGUGGUAAAAUUUCGUCUACAAAGCUUGGGUUAUCUGAAAUGUUAGGUAUUGCUUAAGUGUCAAGCAUAUCCUUACUCCAUAAAAUAAGAUAUACUAAUUUUACAUGAUGGUCUCAGGAAAACGGAGUGAAUAUUUCUCCUUCCUGAUGCAUCUUUCCCGAAGCGAAGUACUGGGGCUUGGGUGGAUGCUGAGUAAUAAACCAUUUGUUAAUGGCGGUUGUCUACUGUACCUCAGAAGGAACAUACGAGUGCUUCCCUAAAGAAAGUUCAGCUGUGUGCGAUCCCAUGCUUUGCUGGAAGGCGGCUGCAGAAAUGACAGCUUUAGUCCAGCUGGACUGGACACUGCAUCACCGUAAGGACUUUGCCGACUGCGGAAGUUGCCCGUGGGCAAGGCGGGAUGGGCAUUGCUCGGCAGCGCUCGGUGCCUGCAGUGCCGGCAGGAGGCUGCGGGCGCCGCUGUUGACCGAGAGGAGCGAGAGGAAGCUCGGAAAGCUACCGGCAGCCCCGCCCGCUGCGGACCGGCUCGAUCGGUUGUUCCCUGUCAGGCUCGGCGGCGGGCGGUCUGCGAGCGUCCCCGCGGUGCGGAGCAGUGCUACAACCAGACGGAAGGACCGGCGGCAGCAGCCGGGAGCUCUGAGCCGGGAUCUGAAUUAAACAGGGAGACGGACCGGUAGUCGGAGGCGGGGAAAAGACGGCGGUGUUGCGGUGCCGCGGCGGAGAUGUGCGCGGCGGGGAGGCGCUGGGGCCGGCGGCAGCGAGCUCUGCUCUGGGGCGUCCUGCUGGCAGCGUGGGAGGCGGCGUGGGGGCAGCUGCGCUACUCGGUGCCCGAGGAGAUGCCCAAGGGCUCGUUCGUGGGCGACGUGGCCAAGGACCUGGGGCUGCAGCUGCCGGCGCUCAGCGAUCGCAGCGUCCGCAUUGUCUCUGAAGGUAGGACGCAGUAUUUCACUCUGCAUGGGAAGACGGGACAUUUAGUGACGGCGGAGAGGAUCGACAGAGAGCAGCUGUGCGAGAGUGUGCAGCAAUGCGUGCUGCGCUGUGAGCUGAUAGUGGAGGGGGAAAUGAAGGUUUACCGAAUAGAAGUGGAAAUCAGGGACAUUAACGACAACGCCCCGAGCUUCAAGGAAAUUGAUCUGGAAGAGAGAAUGAGCGAGACGACAGCCCCGGGGUCGCGGUUUCCCCUGGCCGAGGCUCAUGAUCCGGACUCGGGCCGGAAUUCCCUGCAGAGCUACGAGCUGAGCGGCGACGAGCACUUCUCGCUGGCCGUGCAGGCGGGCCCCGGCGGCGAUCAGCGUCCCGAGCUGGUGCUGGCGAAGGGGCUGGACCGGGAGGAGGCGGCGUUUCACGAGCUGGUGCUGAGGGCGAUUGACGGCGGCGAUCCGGCACGGACGGGCACAGCUCGGAUCCGAGUGACAGUGCUGGACGCGAACGACAACGCGCCCGUGUUCAGCCAGGCGGAGUACACGGUGCGUGUGCCCGAGGACGUGCCCGUGGGCUCCACCCUCAUUGCUGUGACGGCCACGGACGCCGACGAGGGGCUGUACGGGCAGGUGAAAUACUCGUUGAAAAAAGUGUCAGACAUAGCAUUGGAUAUUUUCCAUCUGGAUUAUGAGACUGGAGAGAUCACGCUAUUGCGAAGCCUGGACUUUGAGGACGGCAACUACCAUGAACUUGAGGUGCAGGCACAUGAUGGUGGAGGACUUUCUGAUACGACCAAAAUUACGAUCACCGUGACAGACGUCAAUGACAACAUGCCAGAGAUAUCGGUGAGGUCGGCGAUUAGCGAAAUCUCGGAGGACGCCCCAUCGGGAACAGUGGUUGCCCUGCUGCACGUUCAGGACCGUGACUCGGGGGCGAAUGGCGAGGUGCGCUGCUCAAUCGACGGGGACGUCCCCUUCCGGCUGCAGAGCUCGCACGGCAGCUACUACAGCGUGGUGACAGCGAGAGAGCUGGACCGGGAGCAGGUGUCGGAGUACAACGUGACGGUGCGGGCGGCCGACGGCGGGUCGCCGGCGCUGCAGAGCAGCGCGGUGCUGGCGCUGCGGGUGCUGGACGUGAACGACAACGCGCCGGUGUUCGCGCAGGAGCGCUACAGCGCGCGGCUGGCGGAGAACAACGCGGCGGGCGCGCUGGUGCUGACGGUGCGCGCGACGGACGCGGACUGGGGGCAGAACGCGCGCGUGCGGUACCGGCUGUGGGAGGGGCGGGUGCGGGGCGCGCCGCUGUCGUCGUACGUGUCGGUGCAGGCGGAGACGGGCGCGCUGUACGCGCUGCGCUCCUUCGACUACGAGGAGGUGCGCGAGCUGGAGCUGUGGGUGCGUGCGGAGGACGGCGGCGCGCCGGCGCUGAGCAGCAACGUGUCGGUGCGGCUGCUGAUCGUGGACGAGAACGACAACGCGCCGCAGGUGCUCUACCCGCCCGCGGCUCCGCCUGUGGCAUCGGGCAAGGGGGGCUGGUCGGGCGUGGAGCUGGCGCCGCGCUCGUCGGAGCCCGGCGCGCUGGUGGCCAAGGUGGUGGCGGUGGACGCGGACGCGGGUCAGAACGCGUGGCUGUCCUACGAGCUGGCCAAGGCGACGGAGCCGGGGCUGUUCCGCGUGGGGCUGCACAGCGGCGAGGUGCGCACGGCGCGCUUCCCGCUGGCCCGCGACGCGGCGCGCCAGAGCCUGGUGGUGGUGGUGAAGGACCACGGGCGGCCGGCGCUGUCGGCCACGGCCACGCUGAGCGUGGUGCUGGCCGAGAGCGUGGCCGAGCUGCUGGCCGAGCUGGGCAGCGCGGCCGAGGCGGCGGCGCCGGGCGAGCCGGCCGGCAGCCUGACGCGCUGGCUCGUGCUGGCCGUGGCCGCCGUGUCCUGCCUGUUCGUCGCCUUCCUGCUGCUGCUGCUGGCGCUGCGCCUGCGCCGCUGGCGCCGCGAGCAGCUGCUGGCGGCCGACAGCGGCGUCUUGCGCGGCGUGCCGGUCUCGCACUUCGUGGGCAUCGACGGCGUGCGCGCCUUCCUGCAGUCCUACUCGCACGAGGUGUCGCUCACGGCCGACUCGCGCAAGAGCCAGCUGCGCUUCUCGGGCGGCAGCUGCUGCGACACCCUGCCGGCCCGGCCGCCGCCCGACGAGCCCGCGCCGCUGCUCGGGGAGGAGGAUAUUGCCGGCUCCCGCCCCGCGGAUCCCGCCCCUCCCUCGGUGAGUUUGUGGGGCCGAAUUCUGUGUGAGAUGCUUCCGUCUGCUGCUCCUCUGUUCUUUCUUGCCCUGUUCUGUGUCUUGAGUAGGGAAGAUUUGCAGAGAAGGAAGUUCAUGGGCACGCUGUGUUCUGGUGCUUCUUUCUGCGGGGGGGUGGGCGUGGGGUUAGUGGUCAACCUUGAAGAUGUUAGGUGAGGUAGGAGAAGGGAGGUUGCUCUUGGCUGGAGCUUUGUUCUUUGUUUUUAAGAUGUUGCAUUUCGUUUCUCGGUUUUUUUUCCCCUGACAAGCAUAAUUCCUCUCAGCAUUACGUAUUCUCAAUGGAUGUGUUGCAUUAAAUGCAAGUGGAAUUUACUCUGUUUGCAAGGUCAGGUGUUUCCCAGGCAGCACCUAUGCACGAGCAGGUUAAAGUUCUUUUGAAACCGCACUUAUUGGCCCCGUGUGUAACAUCACUUUAAAUUUUAAAGUUUGAGAAUCAUGUACCUUCCAAGUUACCCGUGUUCUGAAGGAGGAUGAUGGUUUCCUGGAGCACUUACUGUGAUGACUGGGUCCUUAUCAGAGCUGGAUAUCGCUUAUGCACUUGAGAGUGUUUUAUUUAAUUAGUAGCACACAUUUCUUUUGGGCGUCAGUGCUGUGAUUGUUCUCAGAUAAGGAGAGGUUGUGUGCGCCGCUUUUCUUUCAGAGGUGUCUGACUGCAAAGGUAGCUUUCCUGUUGCAUAAUGUCUGGGCAGGGUG